ACACUUCAACAGGUAAUCGGGGAAAGAAAAAAAAAAAAAAAAGAGGCUGCGCACGUUCCUACAUGUAGCCACAGAAGCGUACGAAAUUGCAAAUUCGUAGUUUCAAAAGUGGCACAUUUUCGCAAAAAUACGUGUCAAACUAUUUGAGGUAUACAUAAUUUAUUUAUUUAUUUUGCUAACACGCCAUUACAUACAUGUACAUAAAGGACGAUUGCAGCUCUGUUUCCAAUUUCUGGCCAUUUUCCUCUCAAUCUGUGCAAACAGUUAUGUAGCCGAUUUUUUGAAGCAGCGUGUUUAAUUUUGUGGGCAACUAUCCCCACUGUACGCACGCAUGCGUUAAGUACACUCGCACAGGUAUGUUCAGCCGUGGACACCUUUGCAACUUUGAGAGAUCUGCCUCCAACAACCACCACCACUACCACCCCGUUUGAUAUUUCGAACGAUUAGUAGAAAGAACGAGCAAAAUUAGAGGAACCCUGGACACUGCGUAGCUGCAAAAAGGAUAGCAUCAUACACUACUUUGAUAGCCCCCCCUUCACGCCAAAAUGAUUGUAAAAAAAAACAAGAAAACGUUAACGCAGUACACGUGGCUCGCCCUGUUAAUAGUCCCAAGCUUGUACUUUAAGAAUUUACUUUUUGAUAAUUAUUUUAGCCUAAAAUUUGACAAAUGCAAAAAAAAGACGUACAGCAUAAAUCCGGUUAACCACAUGUCUUUACCAAGCAGCGAUGCCGAUUUUAUGAGUGACUAUAUUUUUCCAGACAAUGUUCGCUAGUGAGAAAUGGAAAGUAUCAGAAGACUUUUUUUGAAGCCCCAUUUUUUGAUCGCAAGUAUGGAUGAUAUCCCCGGCAAAGUACCCACACCAGUCAACAAAAAGGAAAUGCAACAUGUGUUCGGGCAUGCUUCACAACGCUUGCAAUGGGAGGAACAUUGUCUCUACAUGCAAAAGCGGCCUCCGCACAAGCUG